AUGACGACGGAGAAGGAGAAGGAACAGGAUCAGGUGGUGAUUGAUGCAGGGAUGAAGAGGUACAGGAAUGGAGAAAUAUGGGAGUUUGAAGAUGACAUGGGUGUCUCAGAUGGUGGCAAUGGUGUCUUGUUGGGUUUGGACGGUGGAACUACCUCCACUGUCUGCAUUUGCAUGCCGAUGAUUCCCUUUUCGCACUCUCAGCUCCAUUCCCUUCCCAUCCUUGCAAGGGCUGUUGCUGGAUGCUCCAAUCACAACAGUGUUGGAGAAAUUGCUGCAAGGGAAACAAUAGAGCAGGUUAUGGCAGAUGCUCUUUCAAAGUGUGCUUCAAAAAGAUCUUCAGUUCGAGCUGUUUGUUUGGCUGUAUCUGGUGUUAACCAUCCAACAGAUCAACAAAGAAUUCUCAGAUGGCUUAGGGAUAUAUUCCCAAGCCAUGUGAGGUUAUAUGUUAGGAAUGAUGCUGUGGCUGCUCUGUCAAGUGGAACAAUGGGUAAACUUCAUGGAUGUGUACUAAUUGCUGGCACAGGGAGCAUUGCGUAUGGAUUUACUGAAGAUGGGAAAGAAGCUAGGGCAGCAGGUGCCGGACCUGUCUUAGGUGACUGGGGCAGUGGAUAUGGAAUAGCUGCACAGGCGCUAACUGCAGUAGUAAGAGCUCAUGAUGGUCGUGGUCCAAGUACAAUGCUUACAAGUAGUAUUUUACAAAAACUUGGUCUUUCUUCUGCAGAAGAAUUAAUUGGAUGGACCUAUGCAGAUCCCUCUUGGGCCCGCAUUGCAGCACUUGUUCCAACUGUAGUGACCUGUGCAGAGGCUGGGGAUGAGGUUGCAAAUAAGAUCUUACUAGAAUCUGUACAAGAGCUAGCUUCAAGUGUCAAAGCUGUUGUAAACAGACUUGGAUUAUGUGGUCAAGAUGGACAGAGUGCCUUUCCCCUUGUUAUGGUUGGUGGCGUUCUUGAAGCGCAUAGGGGGACGUGGGAUAUAGGAAAAGAAGUAAUUAACUGUAUUUCCAAAUACUUUCCGGGGGUAAUUCCCAUUAGACCUAAGGUGGAGCCUGCUGUUGGUGCGGCAUGGUUAGCUUGGAAUUUUUUAAUGAAAGAAUAUCACAAGGGCUGA